AGACCUGUCGAUUGUCGCGAUAACGCACCCUAUUCGAACUUUGUGAAAAUUUAACUUAAAUUUCGAAUUACUAAUCGAAAUUUGUAUUUUUUCGCGGGAAAAGAAUACGUUUUAGCGACUGAACGUUGUUUUAAACUGUUUUUAUUAUUAUUAUUAUUCAAUUAGCUGCAGUACCUGGGUAAAUUCAACAAACGGAGAUAGCAUGUCGUCUAAUAAAGAAGGAGCAUGAUAUAAUGUAUGAAAAUCUACGAGAAUAAAAUUGAAAUACAAUUUAACCACAAAUAAGCUAUGAUAUGCUUUAAACGGAUACCAAAUAAAAACAUAAAAACUACAAUUCAAUUUAAAUAUGAUAAGAGUAAACCAGCCACGUUCACAGUACCGAGUUAAGAAGACUUCAAAACUAUGCCGACCGAAACAUGGACGUCUAACGACACAACAGCAUACAAUGGAACAUCAAUCACUGUUAACCAUUCUAAUGAUAAUGUAAACGCAUCUUUCAGCGACCUUAUCGAGUAUAAAGGAGUUCAGGCAGCCUUCUGUGUUGCGUACACUAUAAUCUUCGCAGUAGGAAUAUUCGGGAAUGCGCUAGUAUGCUAUGCCGUCAUAAGAAAUCGGGCAAUGCAAACAGUCACUAAUCUCUUUAUCACGAACUUAGCGUUAUCGGACAUUUUGCUCUGUGUGUUUGCUGUACCGUUUACUCCUCUUUACACGUUCCUGGCGAGAUGGGUGUUCGGCAGUUUGUUAUGCCACAUCAUGCCUUACGCGCAAGGUUGCAGCGUUUAUAUUUCCACGUUAACUUUAACAUCAAUAGCCAUAGAUAGGUUUUUUGUUAUCAUUUACCCAUUUAAACCUAGAAUGAAGAUUAAAACUUGUUUAGGAUUAAUUAUUUUCAUUUGGUUCUUCGCAUUAUUAGUUACUUUUCCAUAUGGCUACUACAUGUCUCUCACAGACAUUUACUGUGAAGAGAAGUGGCCUUCAGAUCAUAUACGAAAAGCGUUUGGGGCUAUUACCACUAUUAUGCAAUUCGUGAUACCUUUCAUAGUAAUGGCAUUCUGUUACACGUGUGUUAGCAUUAAGUUGAACGACCGAUUGAAAUCUCGACCAGGAAGUAAAAAUAGUAAAAAAGAAGAUGCGGAAAGAGAACGAAAGAGAAGAACUAACAGAAUGUUGAUAGCAAUGGUAGCAAUAUUCGGUCUUUCCUGGUUACCAUUGAAUCUCAUCAACAUGAGUACUGACUUUUACUCUUUGACUGAGAUCUGGAAGUAUUACAUGCUAGUAUUUUUCUUGGCACAUUUUAUUGCCAUGUCUUCCACGUGUUACAAUCCAUUCCUCUAUGCUUGGCUCAACGAAAACUUCAGAAAAGAAUUCAAGCAAAUACUUCCAUGUUUGGGUGCUUUCGUUACAAAGAAAUCUAAGAGAAAAUUUAAUCAAUCCGAUCGUACCGGAAUGUACAGAUCAGAAAAAACUUGCAACGGCAAUGACACGGUACAGGAGUCCCUCUUAACAUCAACUAUAAAUAAGAUACCUUCAGUUAGAUAUAAAAUAGAAUUCAAUGAUAAACUGAAAGGAUACGACGAAGAAGCCGUAGAUAAUAUUAGUCCAGAUGAAAAACCUGAAAGCAACCCGAGUCCCAACGAAGACUGUUUAAAUAUGUACAUGUUUGCAGAUAAAUCUGUGAUUUCUUCAGACAAGGAACCUAUAGUAUCAGCGCUAUAGAACAUAGGUACACAACUCGAAUCUUCCAAAGCUUCAAAACAUGAAAACUUUAAAAGCACUUCGAUUUA